UAAGAGCAGCUCUCUCCAUAGCAACUGAAAACUUUUCAAGGCAGCAAUAAACUAAUCCUCUCCAGCUUCCAGAGCACCAUCAAGGAAUUUUAAAAACAUUGGACUUCCAGCAGCUAAAUACUUCUGAGGAUUCAGAAGGCCACAAAGCUAGAUACUGAAGCUUUCUUUUUUCCCUUCAGAAGAUUCCUCAGGUUUCAAGUUUAAGCUGUGAAGUGCAAACAACAAUCCAACACUCAGUGCAGAUCACGCACUGCAGGAAGAAGAGAUGUGUUUUCUGACCAAGCAUCCAGCUCUUGGGGUGGUAUGUUCUGCUUUCAUAUUCAGCGUGCUCAUUGCUGAAGGACAGCCUGGGGAAGAGCAUGGGCAGGAUGGCAGCUAUGCUCCCAGCCGAGGCUAUCUGAUGGAAGUUUUACGCGUUCUUUCAGCUGACAACACUGAGCUCCACAUGAACCACUCACGAGAACUGGUCAAAAUGUUACUGGAGAGAACUGAGUGCCCACAGCGGAUUUAUGGCAUGCAAGAGGAUUGUAAUCUGUGCGUUGAACCGGAUGCUUUGUUACUAAUAGCUGGUGGAGAUUUAGAAGGCCAUCUCAGUGAAGAAGUGUUUGAGAGAAUUUCUCUUAUUCUUCUCUACUACAUUCUUCAUCAUAGAGAUGUGUGUUCUUCAGAACUCAGCUUGAAUAAUAAGGAUUAUAAAUUUUAUCUACAGAGUAUGCUUAGUUUAAGACACGAUGAAGACUGUUAUUAUUUUUCACGGAAUGAAACGGAAGAUAUUUUAACUGCAGUAAGGCAACAUUUUAAAACUUCUGAAACCCAGUGUGUUGAUGUGAGUACCCUGGAGAAAAAUGCUGAUAUAAUGGACAGAGAUGGUGCUGAUGAACACACUCUUCCACACCUGGCUGCUUUAAUCGUUACUCUGGCUCUCCAAGGAGUCUGUAUGGGGAAAGCAAGUUUACCCUCCCCAGAAUUCUUUAUAAAAUACAUUUUCAAUUCUCUGAACAGUACUACUGAGCUCCAAGUGAGAGAACUGGAACAACUACUAAAUGUUCUUACAGCCAAAAAGACCUGCACUGUAAACGGACAAUUCCACAGUAACAAAAGAAGACGUUAUAGUAUGGCAAUCAGAGGUAUUGGAACCAGAAAUAUUCCAGUCAUGGCAAACCAUACAAAAGGAGACUAUCUGAAAGGUUAUUCUGAAGAUCGUGAAAGGAACGCAGAUUGGGAUCAGGUUUGUUUCUCUGCCAAUGAACUUGUGAAGAUAUUUGUAAAAAAUAAUUCUUCCUCCAUUUCUGAGGAGCACUUCAAGCAAAUCAGUCCAGCUAUCAUUCAGCAACUAUUAAGUUGUUCAUGUCAGCUUUCUGACUCCAAGCAGACAAAGCUUCCACCGACAACUUUGGAAAAAUACGGUUACAGCACUGUUGCUGUUUUACUUAUUACUAUUGGAUCUAUGUUUGGUACAACCCUCAUUUUAUUUAACUCCUGUCAAGAAAUCUAUACACUCAUUUUACAGCUGUUUGUUGGUUUGGCUGUCGGGACCCUUUCUGGAGAUGCAUUGCUACACCUUAUUCCUCAGACUCUUGGUUUACAUAAACAUGAAGCACAAGAGGUAGAACAUUUCUAUGAGGGGAAAGAAUAUAUUUGGAAACUUUUGGGAAUAAUUGGAGGAAUUCAUGGAUUUUUUCUGAUCGAAAAGUGUUUCUUUCUUUUGGUAACACCACAUGACCAGAGAAGCCCAGAAGAUUCUGAGUCUGCUGAAGUUCCUCCAGAGAGUAAGUCAAUCAGCAAAAAAAGGUGUAAGAAAAUUAGCUUGUUAGCAAUAAUGGUUCUGGUGGGUGAUAGUCUUCACAAUUUUGCUGAUGGCUUGGUAAUAGGAGCAGCAUUCUCAUCCUCAACAGAAACAGGUGUGACAACAACUGUUGCUAUUUUAUGCCAUGAAAUUCCUCAUGAAAUGGGAGAUUUUGCUGUGCUGCUAAGUACAGGGCUCCCCACGAAGAUCGCAAUUUUGAUGAAUUUUAUAAGUGCACUAACAGCAUUCUUAGGGCUUUAUAUCGGCCUUUCUGUAUCAACGGACUCGUGCAUUCAAAACUGGAUUUUUACUGUUACAGCUGGAAUGUUCUUGUAUUUAUCUUUAGCAGAAAUG